AUGAUAGGUCUGAUCGUCGGGAUCGCACAAUGGUCUUGCCUAUACACCAGCAUGAGCAAGGGCUUGGGGAAGCACUCCUGGGAUGUCCCCAUCACGGCCCUCACCGUCGAGAUUCGCCUAGCUGACCAGUUGCUCGGCUCCAUCACCCACUUCGCAGUGAAGGCCUCCCUCGUCUUCUUCUUUUUGCGUCUCUUCGGCACCCUGACCUGGGUCCGAGUGACCUGCUACGGACUCCUGACCUUGACGUUCCUAGCCUAUGGCUCGUACGAGGUCGUCGUGCUUGCCUUUUGCAUCCCCCGGCCAGGCGAGGAAUGGGGCAACGUCGUCCUCGCGAGGUGUGCCACCACUGCCCCUGCCACCAUCGCCGUCAAUGUCUGCGCCGUGGUGGCCGAUCUGGCCCUUUUCAUCAUGCCCUUCCCCAUCAUCGCCGGGUUGACGUUGAGUCGGCCCAAGAAGAAGGGUUUGCUGGUUGUGUUUUUGGUUGGGUUCCUCGUCGUGGUCACCAGCGUCGUCGGUCUGGUCUACAGAGUCAGGGUAUCCUACUACACCAUCGAUCCCAUCUGGGACGGCGGCAAUGUAGCCAUCACAGCCUACAUGGAAGUCUUUGGCACCGUCAUCGUGGCCUGCACACCCGCCCUCCCGGGUCUCUGGAGCAACGUCCUCAGCGAAUCAGCCUUCUUUUCAUCCCUCCGCUCCCGCAUUCUGGGGUCUCGCUCCCGCAGGACGGGCGAUAGCAAUGUCAGUGGCAGCAUGCCCACCGCGAGAACGUACCCGCCGCCGACGUUCCAGAACGAGUCAAUCUCCAAGACGUCGUUCAGGACUGGGUCGCAGAGGGAGCUUGUGGGGGAGGAGGACGGGAUGGAUGAGUAUCCGUUGAAGACGAUCCAGAAGACGAUGGGCGUUAAUGUGAGUAGGGCUGAGAAACAAUGA